GGGACUUUAUUAUCCGAUGCAGGGGCAGUAUCAGAUGCAGCCUCAGCCUAUAGGCCAGUACCAGCCUCAGUCCCAGCCAGCUGCCCAGUAUCAGUCACCAUCCUCCCAGUCUUCUAUGGCGCAGUAUCCUGCACCUCCUCAGUGGCAGACCUCUGCUCAGCCGCAGCAGCCGCUGGCAGUGUUACCUCCUCCUCCUCCGCCAGAGACUGGACGUGUUCAUGCGAUGACCCGAGAGGAUGCGCAGCGAGCCGACGGAUCCGUUUUCCGCGGUUGAGGCUGUCCGGAGCAGUUCCAGUCGCUGGCCCCCCCA